UAUCUUGUUUUGACGGGAAACCGUAAAGGAGUUGGAAGCUGCCUCCUCGAACUAUUUUAAAACACGUACAUUUACUGAGACGCAGUGAUGGACCAGAAUAAACCCAGCACCAAGGAACGGAUGUAAAGACACGCGGAAGCGAGUUCAGUGUUUUGACGAUGUAGUCAGAUGUCUAUGGUUGGUAGUGGGAUCUUCUUUUCUUCAUCACAUGAGGGACGGGGUAGCCUGCCUUUACUGCCCUCUUCACAGAUACCUGCCUCCUCCUUGGAGGGAAACAAUUCUUGGUCAUAGGAAAUCCGCCUCUCCUGAUUGGAGGAAAAUGUUUCACCCUGGGAGAGAGAACCAUCAGACGGGACCAAGGGAUGUCUCUGACUCCAAUGUGGUAAAACUCAGCAAUAAGCUCAAAGCCACCCUGAAGAAAAAGUACCAAAGUCCGCCAGGGGGGGGAACUGAACAUCCAUUUUAUAUACAUUGUGAUCUCCACUAUCCACCUGGUGAAAGUGGAGAGGGGAACCAACAUGAGUACAUUCAAAUUAAGCCAACUUUCAGGAAGAGACACCAAUGGAGAUGCUCACCCUUAAGCUUAUACUUUGAUUCUGAACUAGAUGACGAGCGAGUCAGAAUAGCGCUGACAAAGGGCGUCUCUGGUAUUGGCAAAACAAGCCAGGUGCGGAUGAUUAUUCUUAACUGGGCAGAGGGAAAAGGAAACCAGCAAUGUACUCUCAUAUUUCCCCUUCCUUUCCGGGAGCUGAAUUUGCUGAAGGAGAGACUGAGUCUGAUUGAACUUCUUUACAAAUUUUUCCCAGAAUUGAAAGAACCUGGAAUUUACAACUUGGAGAACUUUAGAGUUGGGUUCAUUCUUGACGGGCUGGAUGAAUUUCGACGUCCUCUCGACUUCAAGAACAGCCCGAUAGUGACCGGUGUCACAGAGCCCUCCUCCGUGCCGACACUGCUGACAAACCUCAUUAACGGUAACCUUCUUCCCUCCGCCGCUCACAUAUGGAUUACCUCUCGACCUGAAGCAGUCCAUCACAUCCCUCUUCAGUACAUCAACGAAGUGACAGAAAUCGAAGGCUUCACGGACUCUCAGAAAGAGGAGUUCUUAAGAAGAGCAAUCAUUCACACGGACCAGGCCAAUGCAAUUAUCCACCACUUGAAGUACUCAAAAAGUCUCUAUGUUUUGUGCCAGAUACCUAUUAUCUGUUCGAUUUCUGCAUCAGUCCUCGUUAGACAGACAUGGCUAUCCGAUAAAGAAUAUGACCCCGGAGCUCUGACUCCAAUGUACACUGACCUACUCGCCCUGUUGCAAACACAGAAUCAGAAUACACAGAAGAUGGCUAUUAAAUUGGGGGAACUAGCCUUUAAGCAGUUGGUGAAAGGCAACACGGUUUUCUACAGGGAAGACCUACAAGAGUGCGACAUUAACUGUGAUGAGGGGUCAGAGUUUGCAAAAGUAAGCAUACCCAUCUUCAGGGAGGAUAUUGGGCUGCACCAAAAGAAGAUCUACUACUUUGGGCAUACCACCAUUCAGGAGUUCUUUGCUGCAAUGUGGUUUAGUCGAUCCUGCAACAGCCCAGAUGAAAACCUGAGGAAUGCAGUGGACAUGGCCUUGCAGAGCAAAAACGGAAAGCUGGACCUCUUCCUCCGGUUCCUCCUGGGCUUCUCGCAGAGCUUCAUCCAGUCAAUCGCAGAGGCCGGCUACAACUCGUCGGAGACACUGACGGAAACGGUUGAGUAUAUCAAGAAGAAGGUUAUGGAGAAUCCCGCUUCACCGAGGACCCUCAACCUGCUGAACUGCCUGACGGAACUGGGUGACAGCUCUUUAGAAACGGAUGGUGUGAGCUUUCUCAAUACGGGAAUCCCCCCAGAUGCCAAAUACCCACGUGCACAUUGGUCUGACCUGGCCGCUGUGUUAUUGGCAUCGGAGUCUGGGCCGAUAGACAUGCUUGGGUUGGAAGUAAAGAAGAGAGGAGACGAGGAACUUCUGAGGAUGCUGCCAGUGAUCAAAGCUUCCCAGACAGCCACGCUGUCAUAUCACAAACUAACAGAGAAAUCCUGUGAAUGUCUGGCCUCGGCGCUCACCUCAAAGGUGUCCAAUCUGAAAACUCUGGACCUGAGUUUCAACACGCUGAAGGACUCGGGAGUGCAGCUGUUGGCGGCCGGCUUGGCCAAUCCACACUGCCGACUGGAGAGACUGAAACUGUCCGGCUGCAGGGUGAAACAGAAUGGCUUUGCAGCUCUGGCCAAAGCUCUCAAAUCCAACCCCUCGCACCUGCGAGAGCUGGAUCUGAGCGGCAACGAACCUGGAGAAUCGGGGGUGUUUCAUCUCGUUGACGGACUGAAGGUUGUUCAUUGCAAACUGCAGAUCCUGAAGCUCUCAAACUGCAAGCUAGGCCUGGAUCUGAGUCGCGCUCUGGUGGUGUUGCUGAUAGACAACCCCAGACACCUGCGAGAGCUGGACGUCAGCAUGAACGACCUGGGAGACCGGGGGGUGAAGAUGCUCAUGGACAUACUGAAGUCAACCCAGAUAUACAAACUGGAGUUGUACUGUUGUCAGCUCACUGAGAAAUGCUGUGAGAACAUGUUUAGGUGUCUGGCCAACAUCCCCAGUCUGACGGAGCUCAACCUGAGCAACAAUAACCUGAAGGACGAGGGGGUCAAGAUGCUCUGCAAAGCCUUCAGGCUGCCCGCCUGUCAACUGGAGAAACUCAUUUUGGCAAGUUGUGGUAUCACCCUAGUCCGAGGGUUUCAUUUCAACUCUAUCCUCAAAGAGCUGGACAUCAGCAGGAACCAUCUGGGCGACUCGGAUGACUGGGCCGAUGUCUUGUUCUGCUUGUCUUCACUUGAGACCCUCAGGGUGAGUGACUGUAAACUGACAGAGAAAUGCUGUAGGGAGCUGGUCGAAGCUCUCAGCUCCAACCUCACAAACCUGAAAGAGCUGGAUCUCUCUGGAAACGACCUGGGAGACCGCGGUGUGAAGACUCUCUACAUGGGACUGAUGUCCAGGUGUUGUACACUGGAGAGACUGUUUCUGAGAUGCUGUGGGAUCACAGUAAAGGGCUGCUCCUCCCUAGCCGUAGCCCUGAAGUCCAGCCACUCCAGCAUCACAGAACUGGGCCUGAUGGGAAAUGACACGGGAGAAGAAGGACUGAGAAUUCUCUCUGACAUCAGGGAUGACCCACACUACAAACUACAGACUCUAGAAAUCAACGAUUGAGAGACGUCUUGACUCGCUUGAUGGGGUUCCUCUUGGCGUCUCGAUCCUCAAGUUCUGUACUCGCUCCGGUCAAAAGUGCUUCACUGCAAGGGGAACAGGAUGCUAUCUCGGACACAGACUGGGAUUUGCAUUCAGACGACUGAAUUGAUCGCUGUACAGAUUGGGAUUUGCAUUCAGACGACUGACUUGAUCCCUGUACAGACUGGGAUUUGCAUUCAGACGACUGAAUUGAUCGUUUUGCACAUCAAUGUCAAGUCAAGACGUUACAGUCGAUGUAGCCUUUACUGAAGAGAAGGGUGAUGCUAUGUUUUACAUAAUGACCUUAUUCCGUUUUCUUGUUUAACCAAGGAUGUGUCAUCAUUGGGGGACUAUGGUGGGACUGAAUAAAUGAAUAAGCCAUUUGAA